AUGAAGAUUUGUGAAGGUUCUGUGCUUCAAACUGCUAAAAUUAAUCCUGUAUCUGAGAUUGUUUCUACUUCUAGUGAUUUAGCUGAAAACUCUAGUCAUGUAUCAAAUAUAGUUGAGAAUCUUAGUCAAACAGAUUCAACUGAUGUUUCACAUUCGUCUGUAAAUGUAAUUACAGAAGCUACUAAUUCAGUAAACUGUGACAGUGACAAACCUGCUCAAGAUAUAAAUAAUAUUCUUAGAAGUGAAGCAGAUAAAUUUGUUUCAAAGUUGUAUGGUAAAUCUAAACUUCCACGACAAUUUGUUCAAGACAUAAUAGAUGACACUUCUCUUUUUCUCCAAAAUGGUGUUCUUACUUUUUUAAAGGAUAACUUAACAUCCUUGAAUCUAACUAAUGAACAGUCCUCUGCUUUAACAAAAGCUUAUGAUGUAGUGAAAAAUCCGUUCUCUCACUUGCGCUCAGAGUACUUUAGAUUUAAAUACUUCACUUCUACUGGAGAAUUCAUACCUCCCAUUUCAUAUGAAAUAGGUGAAAUUGAUGUCGCACAUGGUGCUAAUUUAAAGAAAACUAAAGUAUAUGGGCAGACUGUUCCCAUUGAUUUAUCUCUAAAACAAUUUUUGGAGAUACCUAAUGCACUGAAUGAUAUUCUUCAGUAUGUUGAGUCAUGCAAGGCUGAUUCAGAUAUUGUACAAAACUUUGUUCAGAGUGAGUUAUGGAAAACGAAACGUAGUAAAUUUUCUGAUGAUGAUAUUGUUCUUCCCUUACAUGCAUACUAUGAUGAAUGUCAAUGCAAUAACCCUUUAGGAUCUCAUGUUAGUAAGUUAGGCUGUGCCUACGUUCAGAUAGCUUGCCUUCCACCAGAAUGUCAAUCAUCAAUCAAUAACAUUUUUGUUUCUCUAGUUUUUGAUUCCGAUUAUAGGUGUUUUUCUGAUGCCAAAGCUUUUGCUCCAUUAAUUUCUAAGCUGAAAUAUCUUGAAGAGAUUGGUAUUGUUGUUAAUACAUCUGAUGGUCCAAAACGAGUGUUUUUUGUGUGUAGUUUGUUGUUGGGUGACAAUCUUGGUCUAAAUUCAGUGGGCGGGUUUGCAGAAGGAUUCACUGCCAACUUUUUCUGUAGAUUCUGUAAAACACAUAGAGAAGUCACUCAAACUCAAAUUGUGGAAGAUGUCACAACCUUGAGAACGAAGGAGUCUUAUGUUGCUGAUCUUGCGAUUGACUGUAUGAAGCUUACAGGUGUGAAGUCAGACUCUGUUUUUAAUCAGUUGCCUACAUUUCACAUGACCUCUAAUUUUUGUGUCGACGUUUUCCAUGACCUCUGCGAGGGCUCAUGUCAUUAUGUGAUGUUACAUGUACUUCGACACAGCAUAACCAGUAAAUUUUUUUCACUUGAUUUGCUUAAUCAUAGAAUUGAGAUGUUUCAGUAUGGACCAACGGAUUCUAACCGAAUUCCUUUAUUGUGUGAUGAGUUUGCUGCAAAACGAAAAUUGAAAAUGUCUGGUUCUGAAACGCUACUUUUUGUGAAAUUGUUUGGAAUAAUUAUUGGUGAUAAGGUCCCCUAUGAUGAUGAGCACUGGAAGUUGUACUUAAAACUUUGCAAUUUAAUGGAUAUUGUACUUUGCAAGUCGCUUUCUCGUAGGCAGGGAUCUGCUCUACGUGUUCUUGUUAGUGAGUUUAACUCUAUGUAUGUUAAUGUAACUGGUGAUACUCUAAAACCUAAAAUGCAUCAUCUUGUUCAUUAUUCUAGAAUUUUUGAAAAUAGUGGCCCAAUGGCUCUUACCUCUACUAAAACCUUUGAAAGGAAACACCGAAGUCUCUUAAUACCAGCUCGGGCCACAGAAUCUAGAACUAAUAUUGCAAAGACUGUUACAAUCCAACAUCAACUUAAUGUAAGUCACCAUUUUAAAUCACUGAAGUCUAUCAUCCCUUCCACAGAAUUUGGUCCUUCCACAGAAGUUUUAUUGUCAGAUUUCUCAAACCAUAGUUUUGUUCAUAAUUUGCCUGUGUCUUUUCAUUUAUCUUUUUCCAAAGGCUGUUUGUCUGCAAACUGGGUUAAUUUUAAAGGAAGUACUUACAAACCAGGUAUGAUUCUUCUACUUGAAGUGAAUGAAUCUGGAGGACCAGUUUUUGGGUUAUUGAAAUCAAUUCUUCUUUGUGAAAAUGAAAACUUCACUUUUGUAUUUUCUUAUUUGAUGUGCUCUGGAUUUGACGACCACCUUCAUGCCUAUGAGGUUGAAGUCUCUGACGAGAAAUGGUCAACUGUAUUGCCCUCUGAACUAUAUGAUCCUUUGCCCUUGAGUGUUCAUCAUUCGAUUUGCAGCAAGAAGUAUGUUUCUCUCAGACAUUUAUUGUAA